GGGGAUGGCCUGAGUUUAGGCGGAGCUACUCCUGCCGAGAGGGGCAAGCUCAGUGGAGUAAAGGAGAAAGAGCCAGGAGACAAGCAGGGCUCGUAGGCAGAGCGCAUCCAGUUGUGGACUCAGCCCAAAGAGAGAUAGCUCGAAGCCCUCCUUUUUCCAGUCUGGGCCAGUCCCACGCUCCCUCUGCCCUCUUCUCCCUGGUCCCCACCAUGCGCACAGGCUAGUAUGUCCAUUGUCAAUUCAAUCUGCACUCGAAGAGAUAGGGGCAAGCAGAGAGCGGGACUUGGAAACUUUGGGAACCAGGGAGCGCGCGGUGUAGGCGCUCCCACCGCUACGAUGCUGCCCGCCCUGCUCCUCGCCUUGCUCUGUUUGGGCGACCAGCUGAGCCCCGGUCUGGGCUGCCAGCUGCCCUCGGACUGGAGACCCCUAAGCGAGAGCUGCCGGGCGGAGCUGGCCGAGAUCAUCGUGUACGCCAAAGUGCUAGCGCUUCACCAGGAGAUGUACAGCUUGUACAACUACCUGCCGUGGCAGUACGAAGCCGCCUCCGAGGGAGGGCUCUUCUAUUCCGCGGAGAUCGAGAUGCUGUGCGACCAGGCUUGGGGGAGCAUGCUGGAGGUGCCCGCAGGGUCUAGGCUCAACCUCACUGGCCUGGGCUAUUUCUCCUGCCACUCCCACACGGUGGUGCAAGAUUAUUCCUACUUCUUCUUCCUCAGGAUGGAUGAAAAUUAUAAUCUCUUGCCUCAUGGAGUCAAUUUCCAGGAUGCCAUCUUUCCAGACACUCAAGAGAACAGAAGAAUGUUUUCUAGUCUCUUCCAGUUUUCCAACUGCACUCAUGGACAACAGCCUGUGACUUUCUCCAGUGACUGGGAGAUCCAGGAGGACAACAGGCUCAUGUGUUCUUCAGUACAGAAGGCUCUCUUUGAGGAAGAAGACCAUGUGAAGAAACUGCAGCAGAAGGUGGCCACCCUGGAGAAACGCAACAAGCAGCUUCGAGACAGGGUGAAGAAAGUCAAGAGAUCCCUGCGCCAGGCAAAGAAGAAUAGCCGUCGCAUGGAGCUGAUGAACCGGAAACUUAGUGAGAAACUGUCCUCCCCAGGAGGUCAGAUUCCUCAUAUCAACUCCCUAAAACAAGAGCACCCCCAUGCCAGCUACCUUAAAGUGUAACUCAAGAUGCUGUGCCCAAAAGCCAGCCCUCUUGGGAUUUGGUUUUGUAAGUUGUCUCCAUUGGGAGCUAGAAGGGUUGCUGGGCAGCCUCAAGUUAGUGGAGCCUAGGUAUCACACUUUUGUAUCAAAGGGGGAAUUGAACAUUAGGGUAGUUUAUAUAUGGAUAUAUUUUUAAAUGCCAUAGAAGAUAUUUUUUAUUAUGCCUUUGGUAUAGUCUAAUUUUUCUCAAAACAUAGAAUCAGCCCUACUUUUGGGUUGCUGGCCUUUCUCUCCUCAAUUUAAUUCAAUUAAACAGACAUUUAUUAAGCACCUUUUAUGUACUAGGUAUAGUGCUAAGGGCUGGGAAACCAAUAAUGAAAAAUAACAGCCCAUGCCCUCAGAGUUAACAUCAGACACACAACUGUAAGACAAGUUAAAAUAUGAUUGAGUGCAUAGGAGGUGUCAACGAGAAGCACCAUUAGAGAUUUAGAAAAGAACAAAUCACUUCUAACUGGGAGGAAUCAGAGGAGGUAACAGAAGAAGUGGUAGCUGAUUUCAGCCUUGAAGGAAAAGAAUUUCCUUAUUUUUCUUUUCUAUUUUAUUUCUUCUCCCCCUCCUCCCCCUCCCCCUCCUCCUCCUCCUCCUCUUCUUCUUUCUUCUUCUUCUUUCUUCUUUCUUCUUCUUUCUCCUUCUUCUUCUUCUUCUUCUUCUUCUUCUUCUUCUUCUUCUUCUUCUUCUUCUUCUUCUUCUUCUUCUUCUUCUUCUUCUUCUUCUUCUUCUUCUAUCUUCUUCUUCUUCUCUUUUUCCUUUUCUUUCGAUUUUUUUUACUGAAACUGGGUUUCCCUAUCUUGCCUAGGUUAAAGGUACAAUGGUCAUUCACCAUCCUGAUCUUCAUAUUGAUUAGCACAGAAGCUCUAACCUCUGAAAUCUUUCUGCCCAGGGCCAGUGCAUAAGAAUUUCCAAACUGAAUUAUCUCUAGCCUCACUUUCCACAGCAGCAGAAACUAUGGGCAUCAAUCAGCACUCCUAGAGGAAAGGAUUUUUAUAAGCAGAGAUGAAGAGAAGGGGCAUCCAUUCUAAGCAUGGAGAAUAUGCAGAUAAAAAUACUUCUCAUCAGAUGAUCUGUAUAUGUGGCCCUACUGCCAUUGUCUAGCCUGCAUUUCUACAGUCCUCUGAGAGACAGGUAUACAAGACACCAGGCAUAAAUGCAGUUCUUGCCUCAUUUUUAUUUUUUUGCAACCCACAUAUAGAAUGACUUUUCUUCUUAAGCCUGAAACCGAGGAUGAACACUUAUUGGGGAUGUGGAUAGAAAGGAUUCCUGGUCAGAUCACGAGUAAGACCAAUUAACAUCUGAGGUUUCUUGCAAAUCAGAUUCUGUGAAGUAUAUUUCAAGAUCUCUAGACUUGUAAAAAAUGGGAUAAUGGGAUUCAUCCUUUAUUCAAAAUAGAAUCAGAAUGCUUCCUUUAUAAAAAAAUUGCACUCUUGAGUUUUAGUCCCUAUUCGAACCCUAACUUGUCUUUUGACCAUGAUUUAAUCAUUUAAUUCACAAAUGGUGUAUGCUGGGUGCAUUGUUCUAGGCACUAGAAUGGCAAGCAUUAAAUACUCCUCACUCUCAGUGUGGGAAAAUCACUUAUGUGUAGGGAGAGAACAAUAACACUUGGGGGAAGGGUUUCAGGGGAGGUUUAAGCUAAGAGUUGGUAUCUGAGUUAAGUUAAACCAUGAACGAAGUUAACGUUUCUCAGAGGCACACAGGAAGAUGGAGUGAAUUUCAGGUGUGGAAGACAGCUUUUGCAAGCACACAGAGUAUAUAUAUCCACGUGCCUCAAUUUUCUCAUUUGUUAAGUUGACUAUUAAAUAUAUUUAAGCCUUAGAUCCGAUUCCUACAAUUCUAUACAUACACACAUAUCAUUCCAAAAUGUCAGGACUACUUCUUUCAUAUCUAACAUGUCAUCAAAAUUUAAUAAUUCCACUAUAUAGAAGAAAAGGAACUGAGCAAGGGAGAAAAUAAUUGAUUAACUGAGAUUAACUGCAGGUGAGUUCCAACAUCAGGUGCCAAUGAGCUGAAAAUGAUUGCAUUCCCAGCCUUAAUCUAGGGUACAUAAAUAUGUAUAAGAAUCAUGGCUCCUAUUGGUCCAGAGCCUUGAAAUCAGUCAUAGAGAAGAAGUGAUGGUAGAAGAGCAGAUUAAGAGCUGGCCUCAGUUAUGAAGACCUGGGUUCAAGGCUUGCUUUUGACACACAAUGGCUAUCUGAUGCUGGGUACAUCACCACCUCUCAAUGUCCUUGAUUCAAAAUGGCAGAGAGGUGCUGAUUUUCCUUAGUAGAGGAAGUUCUUUCCUAGGUAUUUCCUAUAGUGAUGAAAUCAUUGGUCUAGUAAAAACAAUACUGACAGGAAUUUUUUGUUGUUGUUUAGUCAUUUUUCAUUCAUGUCUAACUCUUCAUGAUCCCAUUUGGGGUUUUCUUGGCAAAGAUACUGGAACUGUUUGCCAUGUCCUUCUCCAGCUUAUUUGCAGAGGAGGAACUGAGGCAAACAGGGUUAAGUGACUUGCCAAGGGUCACACAACAAAUAAGUGCCUGAGAGCAGAGGCGAAUUGGUGAAGAAGUCUUCCAGGCCCAGAACUCAAUGCACUGAACCACCUAGCUGCCCAGCAACAACAAUAACAACAAAAGCACAAUCUUUCCAUCAGUGGAUUCUAUAUGUAUGUCUCCAACUUAUUUGUGAAAUAUUGAUUCUCUGUACCUCCAGUUUAGAGAGGAUGAAUGUUGACAUCUUUGGGGCCUUGUUACAUUUUUAUCUACUUCAUUGGAGAUUUUUACUCAAAAACAUCCACCAAGACUUAAGAACAAUCUUCUUCUCAGGACCUUCUAGCACAGUAAAGCAGCAGUUCUCAUGCUACUUCCAUUCUUGGGAUUUUGGUAAGGGAAUUCUUUCUCUCUUUGAUGAUUCUCCAUUCUACUCUAUACAUUCACACAUCCAUUUAAAAUCUCCUUCAGUAUUUACAUAUGAUCGCUUUAUGUAAGUCUCUCCAUAGGGCUAAUUAGUAGCACAGUCCUGCUGGUGAACUCAAGUAUUUUUUAUAUUUCUAUGAUUUUAUUCAUUUAAUUUCUUUGCCUGAAAAAUUACUAGAGAAUGAAGUGCUGACUUUAUGCAUAUUUAAUGAAGUUUCUAUUGCACUGUCAAGAUGCAAGAUUUAAAAUGGAUUCUAGCUCACUGUCUACAUAUGGGGUCAUUUGACUAUGGGGUCACUUCACCACCCAUGUGAAUACAUGUUGCUUUUUCAGCCAUUGGCUAUGCCAUUAAUGGAAGUUAUGAGUCGGUUCCUACCAUGAGAAAAAACUUUGACUCCCAGACAACACAUAGUCUUUUCAGUUCUAAAUGGAAAUUGCAAUGGCAAUUCCAUUCACCUGUCUUUAAAGAAAAUUUCUUUGUGUUUUCAAAGGGGAAAAGAAUAUUGCAUCUUUUUUGUAGUAGAGUAUUUUUCUGAUGGAGAUACAGCCAAGUGCUUCUGAGGAAUGGCCAGCACUUUGGACUAUGAGAAUGGAUUUACUACAUUUAGCCCAAAACUAGCCAUAUUUCUGAGUGUCCUCUGUCAAUUGAUUCCAAGUUUUUUCCAUAGUACAAACACCUUCAACAAAUGGUCAAGGGGAUUUAGAUUCCUAUUUCAUUUUCUUUUUUAUUCUUGGAGACAUUAUAUUAAAUCAACUGAAUCCCAUGGGUGGUCUCUAACAGUUCCUUGGUGAAGUACAGACCUAGGUACCUAAUGGAUAUUUGGUAUUUUGUGCCCCCCCAUUUCCAAUAAAUAUGUACAGUAAUUACAAGUUACAGCUAUAAAGUGAUGUGUUUCUUUUGGGUCAUAGAGUCUCUAGCCUUUUAAGCUCCACAUAAGAAAAAGGUCAACCCAGACCUUAUUGGAAGGGUCCGGUCAACAAGGAGCUGAGGGUAAUAGCAGUGGAAUUUGAGGAUCAGAAUUCCUUACCUCAACUGAUGGCUUUCCAUGAUUUAGUCUCUAAGCUAACAAAACCAUUGCCCAUUUCUGCACCUGCAAAAAAAGGUUAGUGCCAACCUUUACCUGAUACCCACAGGGGACAAACUGCUUCAUUAAUCACAGUUUGAAAAGUACAUAACUAUGGAAAUACAUAUUGCAUAAAAGCACUGAUAUUACUUAUAAUAGACCAUUUCCCUCUUUAGGGAGGUAGAAGGGAGGGAGAGAGGGAGAGAAUCUGAAUUGAUAAAUGUCAGAGAACAAUUGUAAAAGAUUGUUUCUACAUGUAAUUGAAAAAAUAAAAGAAAGUUAAAAAAAGGAAAGUACAUAGAGCUUUUGUGCUGAGAGUGACUAUGUGACUAUGUAAGUACAAGUACAAGUAAGUACAUUACUUCUCACUGUCAACUCUCCACCCUCAGGCUUUGUCAUCUACUAGUAGUACUAGUGAAUAGUUAUGGUCUACCAUUUUUCUAGAAACAUUCAUCACUUUAUACAUAUUAGCCAGCUUUUCUUAGCAGUAUCCCACAGAGGUUGGAUAUUGUUGUAGCUUCUAUUUUGUAGUGAUAGAUAGUUCAAGUAGUUUGGCAAGUCACACAGUAGGUCAGUCAGCAGUUCAGUAGAACAUCAGAUAUCUAGACUCUAGUUCAAUACUAAGUUCAUUACCUACUAGUAAUUACUCUGGAAGGACCUGCUUUCUACUUGCUAAGCCAAAUAAUACAUGUCCCACAAUUACUUCUUCCUAUUUGGUUUUGCAUCUCUGAAUCUUCAUCUAGGGGUAUAUAGCUGUUUAAGGAGGACUAAUACCUCUGCUGUGAGAACUUGCUGAGUCAUUUUCAGGGCUGCUUAUCUACUUUUGGUGUCUACCUGCCAUUCAACUUUCAUCUAUGGAUCCAAGAAGCUAUAGCAUGCACAGAGGUCAUACCUUGAUAAAAUCAUCAUGGCAGAUGGGCUAAAUCAGGUAGAGGCCAACUGAUGGCCCAUAAAUUCAUUGAUGAAUGGGGGAUGUCUUCUCCAAUCAGGAAAAGACUACUCCCUGACAAAUAGGCAGGUGAGGAUAAUUUGUUCCAAAGACCAUGAAUGGUCUUGAUUAGAGCUUGAUUAUACAUUAAAGAAACCAAGGUGAUCCAGUGCAUCCCAAGCCAUCAACAGCCAUCCUGACUUUCAUCUUGCCACUAAACUUUGAUAAGUCUGGAAGAAAGUAACAAAGUUGCCCAACUUGCCUUACUUAAAUCCAAUUCAUGAGCAAGUCAAGAUAUCACCUUUUCAAAAAAUAAGUACAAACAAUAACAACAGCAGAUAUUUAAGGACCAACUGUAAUCUUUAUCCCCUUUAUAAAUGAGACAAUAAUGUUCUAUUAUUGUUUGUCUAAUAUUGUCUAAUAAUUAAUGUUCUCAAAAUGAAAACAAAGCCCAUAUCACAUAUUCCUGAACCAGAACUGUUAUCUCAAUAAUAUGUAAUCUAAGGAAAGUGACAUAAAACCGUCUAUAUAGGGCACAUCACUUCCUCUCUUCGGCCUCUUUUCCCCAGAGAAAUGUCUCUGGCUGACAGCAUGCUAAGCGUUCCGACAUCUUGGUGUGGUGGUACCUAUUUGUCUGGGUUUUGGCAGUGAGUUUGCCCUUGAGCUAAUUCAGGUUCAGGCAUCUUGGCUGAGCCCUCUUGGAGUUCAGGCUGAUUCCUUCCUCUUUUACUUUCCAAAACCUUACCUUCUAGAGCCUCUAAUCUUCCCGCCCGGCACAAGCCAGGCAGGAGAAAUCCUAUACCUUUUCCUUCUCCCUUCUUCUUAAAUUUCUUUCCACUAUAUUAAUUAAAUCACCAUAAAUUUCCAGACUGACUUGGGUAAAUUUUUUUUUGUUAUUUGGGAUAUCCAUGGCAACCAAUAAUUAAUAUAGUUUAGGUCACAACAGUAAAAUUAUCCUUUACAAUCCACAGUGCUUAGUAUAGUGCUUUGCCCAUAGUAAAUGCUUAAUAAAUGCUACUUCAUUCAUUCAUUCAUUCAUUCUUUAACAUUCUUUCCAAUUGCCUUCCAGCUAGAAUUUGGUAAAAUAAUAUUCAGCCUGUGAUAAUAGGGGGAUAUUUAAAAAACCCUACUUGUAGUCUCUUAUUACUUCCUACAAUGAAAGAUUGGUGGAUCUAGGUAACCUCUGUCUGUUUUAGGUUCCUCAGCUGAAAAAUCUCAUUUCAUUUGCUACAAUAACACUGUGAGGUAAGAGAUAUUAUGAGCUUCAUUUUUUAGCUGAGGAACCUGAGGCAGACAGAGGUUACUUAGUGUCUGAGCUGGAACUUAAGCUCAGAUCCCUGAGCUCUUUUUCCUAUGUCACUUUCCAUUUAUACCAUGAAAAUGAGCAAAUGCUACAAAUUAGAGCUUGCUUGUUUUGUUGACUGCUUAGACUUGAGAAAGUGAUGGAAUAAAUUUAAUAAUGCUAAUUAAAUUUAACAGUUUGUUUUUGAAGUUGAUUGUUAAAUAUUUGUCAGCACACUCUUGGAAAAGUUAGCAGUUAGCUAUGAAAAACAAUUUCUUUAAUAACCAAUGGUUAUCACUGAACAUAUGAAAAGGAUCAUAGAAUUAGAGUCGGAAGGGUUAGAGAGCAUCAGAUCCAACACCCUCAUUUUCAAAGAGGUCGUAACUGAGAAUGUAAAAUGAUUUGUCUAAGAUGACAGGGUCAGUAAGUAUCCCAAAGAGGCAGCUGGGGGAAACAGUCUCUUACUGUUUUAGGGCUGACCUCUUUCUAUAAUUUUGGCUCUAUUGGAUUACAUCAAUAGAAAUGGUUCACGUUCUGUUCCCAGAAAAAAUGUCUCAAGAUUCUGUGUUGGCAUCAGUGGGCUGUUUAACAAACUGCUCUGUGAGUGUGUGUGUGUGUGUGUGUGUGUGUGUGUGUGUGUGUGUGUGUGUGUGUGUGUGUGUGAGAGAGAGAGAGAGAGAGAGAGAGAGAGAGAGAGAGAGAGAAAGAGAGAGAGAAAGUGUGUGUGUGUGUGUGUGUGUGUGUGUGUGUGUGUGUGUGUGUGUGUGUGUGUGUGUGUGAUUUUUCUCCAUCAUUUUCUUAAGUCUGGGCAUAAAACAAUGAAUCAAAUGUUAAUGCUUCUACCGAAAAUUUAACAAUUGGCUCACACAUCCAUAUCUGUUGGCUUCCAGCUGGCUUAGCCAGUCAACUAACCAAAGGAGGAUUCAGUCCUCCAAACACUGCUUAAGCAUCUACUACGGUGAGGAGCACAGAUAACACAACUCAAAGAGCUAAUUCUUCCAUUGGGGUAAUGUCCUGAAUGAGUACUUUGCUUCUCCCUUUCUCUUUCCACCCAGAAGCCUAUCUUUUGGCAUUUUCACUGCUCAUUAGCUUUCCCACCAGACCUUGAGCCCAAGGAGGGAGUGAAAGACAAUGAAACCCUCAUUUGUUAUUUCUGCAUCUUGCCCACUGCUUGGAAAGGAGAUUAAAGAGAGGUUGAAAUAAGUGGAUAAAAUGAAAACUGUUGGGUUGUCAGGUAUUUCCCCAUUUUUUUUGUUAUUCAUGUUCCCUGUUAGGUAAUUGUGAAGUAUUUUAUGCUGUAUUCAUGAAGUAGAUCGGCAAAUCACAUUAACAUUUCUAUUUGCUCCAGUUCAAAAACCUCAACUGGGUCCAAGUUCUGACAGGGCAUUCCAAGUCAGGAAGGCUGACCGGGCAAAGGACUAUGUGCCUGUCAUCCAAGAACUAGCCCAACUAAGAGGUCCAUUUCCAGAAGGUAGACCCCAAGGCGAUCAUUUUUCUGAGCCACAGAAACUUAAGCAAACAUCUGCUAACUUUGUGUUAUAGCCCUCAACCCCCUUUGAUAAUGGGGUUGAGGGCUAUUGGCUCCUUAGAAUUGCACUUUUCAAAGCAUUUAAUUGAAAGGAGAUGCUUGAGUAGAGCCUUGAAGUAAGCCAGAGUGUCAGAGGCAGAGGGGAGGAGAGAGUUCACUCCAGGCCUGGAGCACAGCCAUGUGUGUGGAGCUCAAAACGUGGACUCAGGACAUGGGAAAUUGUAUGUGAGGAGGAGAAAGGCCCUUUUGGCUGGACUGAAGAGAGUAGGAAGGAAAACAACACAGAAUAAUCAAAUCAGCAAAGUAGUUUGGAGCCAGGACAUAAAAGACCUCAGGCACCAAUUAGAGAAAUUUGCAUUUGAUCCUAGGGGUGGUAGGGAACCACUGGAGCUUAUUAAGAAGGGAUGGACUAAUGUCAGACUGGUGUUUUGGAAAUAGCGCUUUGGCAGCAAUAUGGAAGAUGUUUGACAGAAGGGAGAAUAAAGUAUUUAGAGCCCUCCUUCUGGGGGCAGAGAGGAGAGAGAGAGAGAGAGAGAGAGAGAGAGAGAGAGAGAGAGAGAGAGAGAGAGAGAGAGAGAGAGAGAGAGAGAGAGAGAGAGAGAGAGGGAGGAGAGAGAGAGAA